AUCACAAACAAGGCUGUCCGUUGGAAAAUCAAACAGGAUACUCACUCGCCAGAUUGGACAUCAUCCACCAAAAAGAAGGUUCCAUGUAUUCAUGAUCGGCUAGGAUGCUUCAGGUCGGAAUGAGCCUGGGGCUUCGAAUACCUGAAGGCCAGCCUUAUUGAAUCAACAUCAAGUUAUCCCAGGAUAUUUGAAUAUAUUUCUUUUCAUCACCAUUUCCCAAGCCAGUACAGUCUGAUCCAGCUAUAAUAAUGGCGGAUCGUCGCAAACAAGUCAAUCUUGGGCAAGGGUCCAAAGCCCCCACACCCAGCGUGCGACUGAGUUGCGAAAUGUGCCGCCAACGCAAAGUAAAAUGUGACAAGCUCAGUCCAUGCACCAACUGCCAGCGUUUCGGGGCUAUCUGCGUCCCAGUUGAGCGAGCGCGCCUGCCCCGAGGUCGAUCUGGGAGACCGGCGACAGGCACUGCAGAGCGCUCAUCGGAUCUGGACGCAGACCUUGAAGAUCGAGUGUCCAAAAUCGAGCAGAUGCUGCAGAAUCUAGCUCGUACCAACGCCCCUGAAAAGGCACCAACAGCUCCUAAUAACAUUGGGAACCAGGAAAAUUCGCAUACAAGCUUGUCUUCUGAAAGCAACUCCCCUGGCUCUACUGAAAGUGUCAAGUCCCCCAAAAUAGAUGCGUAUUUGGGUAGCACCUUCUGGGCGGAUCUUCUGCAACAGACGCAAGAUCUGCGCCAGACUGUCAACCGUGAUACAGAAAAUCAACCCCAAAUACCUACUGAAGCUCCUUGGCAAUCACUUGUGUUUGGGUCAAGCGGCCAUGGAAGUGACCCCAAUCUUCCCCUCGAUUUGCGAACAAGGCAUCAGCUAGUUCAUAUCUACCUGGAGAAAGUAGAUCCAGUAUUCAAAAUCAUACAUCGUCCCUCCCUGAGCGCUUUUCUACUGGACGGAAAACCCUAUCUCAGUUAUGAACGGGGAGAUCCUGCACCUACAGCUCUUUCCUACGCUCUUUACUAUACGUCAGUAUGCGUUAUUGAGGAGGAGAAGUGUCUACUGUUAUUUGGAGCGAGCAAAGAAUUAGUGGUUCCAAGGUUUCAGAAAGCUGCAGAAUCGGCAUUAGUACAGGCAGAUUUUAUGACGACCAAUGACUUGACUGUUCUACAGGCCUAUGUUCUCACCUUGAUUGCUUCUCGACCCCAAGAUCAAAGUCGACGAGUAUGGACCAUGCUUAGCAUGGCUGUUCGGAUCGCCCAAGCUUUGUUACUUCACCUCCCCGAUCCUGCGUUUCCAGUAAAACCAUUUGAGCGAGAAAUGCGUAGACGAUUAUGGCAUGCAAUCGGUUUCCUCGAUACAGAAGCCUCAAUGGACCGUGCAUCCGAGCCAAUGAUACAGGCAAGCAUGCUAGAAUCCCACCCUCCUGCGAAUGUCAACGAUAGUGAUAUCUGGUUUGAGAUGGAAGGCCCGGUUCAAGAAUCCGAAGGUUUCACCGAUAUGACAUUCACGUUGAUGACCUCAAAGGCCCAAUCUGCCUCGCGACUGCUCAACUUUUCCACUUUCGGGCAGCCUGCUGUGCAAUCUAUGGAGUUGCGACAACAGGUUGUCGUUGAUUUUCAACAGACAGCGUCAAGCUUGCUUGAGAAAUACCAAGCAGACGGCGUACCAUUCCAUUGGUUCACAAGACAAGUUGCAGAAUGUAUCAAUGCCUCUCUACAACUCACCUCCGUCCGACCAAUGCAGCGAAAUGCAAAAUUUAUUCCACCAAAAGUCCGGGGAGACGGCCUCCUCCAACUAGCCGUAAAUGUCCUGGAGAAGUCAAGAGCACUACGCAACGAUCCACGCUCCCGUCCCUGGGACUGGGUCAAUCAUAUCUUCGUUCCAUGGCAUGGUCUUGCCGUCGCCAUUGCCGAAAUCUCCGUCUGUCAAGAUCCGUUACUGAUGGAAAAAUACUGGCCCCCGAUCCAGCAGGCAUAUGACCGACUUAGCCAUCUAGUCGCGGAUUCGCAACAAGGCAUGCUCUGGAAGCCCAUCGAGAAAUUCAUGACCCAAGCACAAGCAAGACGAAGACAAUUACUCGGCUCACCAACCUUCAACGCACCACAAAUCCCCGUCUCCCUUUCAGAUAUAACGUCUACCAACCAACCCACUACAUUCCCCCAACCAAGUUUCCAAACCUCAUUACCUUUCACACCGAACCUUAAUACCCAACCCGCCCAAAUCCCUUACCCCCAAGGAACAACCCCCGUUAUGACUAUGCCAGAGGUUACCAAUGGGCUUGGCCCGUGGCCUAAUGUAUGGGAUGCAAUGGACUUUAGCGACACGGGCAUCGGCAACGCCACCGAGACAUCCUGGUUGAAUUACGAGAGCUUCAUCGAGGACCUGUACGAGAAUGCAGAUUAUCUCUUGAGGCCCCGUUAUCAGCUUGGAUAUGGCAACCCACCUUGA